ACAUCAUGUUCGAAAUAUGUUACUUGUUUGUAUUAUAGUGUUGGCAAUAAAUGUAAAUAACUGCUUAGCUCAUGUCGACGGUGCUAAGCUUAAAGAAGAGUGCCAAAUAGCGGACAUUUGCCGACACGAUCAAGUCCCAAUUUGCGGAAUCGACUCAUGCGGUGAAAUGCGCACUUUUAUUGACAGCUGCGACAUGCAUGAGUUUAAUUGCGAUACUAGAAAAGAUUUUGUUCAAAAACCUGUUCACGAAUGCUGGGUGACCUGUAAACGGGGAAGAAGCUUCAAGAAACCAGCCUAUGGAGAUGGUUGUGAAUUACAAAAUACUGUUAUCUAAUUUUUCUAAUCGUACAAGCAACGAUGGAAAUAUAGACAGAAUUUCAUAACAAAAGAAUUUAGGUUUAAUUUUAAAAUAUGUAAUAAUUACUUUAUAUACUUAUAUAACUUAAAAACUACUAUAACUUAAAACACCUAUUCAAAACUCGAUAGUAUUGACAUUGUUU